AUGCCUCGAUUCAGCUCUCUUCGCAACGUCCUUCGCCGGUCGAAAGACAUCGCCCCAGAGAUCGACGACUUCAUGUCCAGUUCCUCCUCCAUCCCUCCUACCCCGCGCCCGGAGUUCCCCUCCAUCCCCUUCGUGUCGCUCCACCGCCGCCCGGGACUCAUCUCCCUCGCCGAGGCUCAGCGUACGCCGGAGAUCGUCUACCACUCCGUCAGCUCCAUCCCGGUGCCGACCCACGAGCCUGAGCUCGAGUUCCCGGCGCACAGCUACCAGAUCAAGCUCGUGCCUCUGGCAAUCGCUGCCUGCCGCCGGGACAUCAAGUACCGUCGGGAGGGCUUCGAGAUGAUGGAGGCGCGUGCGCACAUUGAGGCGGUCCGCGCAGAUCUCUUCUAG